AUGUUGACCGAGCAGAUCAGCGUGAGAGUGAAGCUCCCGCUGACCUUGAUUUUCUUUCUCUCCUCCAUGUGGCCCUUGGCUCCUGCAGUGGCCUUCCAGCUGCCGAAGUGUCAGCUCAUCAGGCAAAUGGUGUCUCUGGAGAAGGAGGGCUGUCCCAAGUGUCACACCGUGGAGACCACCAUCUGCAGUGGACACUGCAACACCAAGGAUCCCGUCAUCAAGAUGCCCUUCCUCAACGUGUACCAGCACGUGUGCACGUACCAGGAGCUGUACUACAAGACGUUUGAGCUCCCGGACUGUCCUCCUGGCGUGGACCCGACCGUGUCCUACCCUGUGGCCGUGAGCUGCUACUGCGGCCGCUGUGCGCUCAACACGUCCGACUGCACCUUCGAGAGCCUGCAGCCGGACCUCUGCAUGAACGACAUCCCCUUCUACGACUGA